UAACGAAGAAUUUGAAGAUAAUCAAUAUAGGUUUCACUGCCAAGGUGGAUAUUGAUAUCUCCUUAGGUACAAGCUAUGAUUUAGAUGCUAAUGGUUCAUCGAAGAAAUUAAAAGCAUGGUUUGCAAGUUCUUCGCCAGUAUUUCAAGGGCCAGAUGUCUAGCCAUUAUUCAUAUUACUGUUAAGGUCAUCAAGCAAUUAGAACCUCAGCUCCAAUUUCCUUACCUAUCCCAAUUGAGCGCUAGCUUUUCUGUGUUCGAUCUGAAAGUGUUGCCAAUAAUUCUUAGGAGCUGCCCAAAGCUAGAAUCUCUCAUCUUGGACUUGGUUGAUCGUCCUAGGGAUAGUGGAGAGCCAAAGGUGAUGUUUUCAUCCAUGCCUCCUUGUUUGAUAUCAUCGCUUAAGUUUGCUUAAUUGAAAAGUCCGAUUUUGGGGUAUGAAGGAGAAAUGGAGCCAGUAAGAUACUUCCUGAAGAAUUCAAGAGUCCUGGAGAAACUGAGUCUAAGUUUUGAGAACCAUAAUAGAAAAAAAGCAAAUUCUCCAGGAACUCCUUACAAUACCAAGAUGCUCUAGCCUCUAGCACUUGUGAAGUUGUUUUUCUUCGAUUGGAAAAGAACAUUGUUUAACAUGUGAGGUUAUUUAACCUUUCUUAUGUCUCUUUAUAAUUGUUUUCGUGUUAUAACAAUUUCUGUUUCGACUUUUAUUUUAUAUUUUAUGAAACAAAGUAUUGUCUUCUAUGUGUCUGUAAAACAACUUUUUAAAUCGAACUGGGUUUUCAUA